AUGAGCACUCAAUCAGGGAAGGUCGGCGAGAGCGCGGGAUCAAACGCGCCCCGAUCGUCCGAGAAGGCCUCAAAUGCCCAGUCUCCACCACCAUAUCAUGAUGCCGAGCACGACUCUGAUGCGCGGGACAGCGGCAAAGGAGCGGGCGGAAGCUUUGAUCUUGUAAACGGAGAUAUAGAAUUAGGGAAUGUACCUCUCUUACCAGCAGAGCACUAUGAUUUCGAGGACAGCGACUCAGAGUUCCGUUUUUCGGACGAGUCCAUUUCCCCGGAUCAAUUUAGACACGAUCCCCCGUUUUCAUGCACGUUGUCCGGCUUCUCCGCUUGGCUGCGUGGACCUACGCCGCCACAUGUUUAUCAUAUCAAUCCGUGGUUCCCGCGAUGGCAGGCUGCGCCGACUCGGUUGAUUGAUCGAUUUAUUCCGCGCAUGGGAGCAAAAAUCGCUUUGCUUUUCCUUGGCUUGGUGUUUUGGAUUGCUGUUUUCUUUUCGUCCCUUAAGGCUUCUGUGGCCGACCAGGAGGUCUUGGGAUAUGGACAGCCGGUUAAGUUGUCUUGUCACAGCCGCUUAUGGAGCAAUGCUACUGACUGUGGAAUAAAUGGUGAUCUCUGCCAACCAUUCGAUGAUCAGGCCUUUGCUUUUCGCUGUCCGGCGGGCUGUGCCCAAGCUAUACUGCUGGAGCCGUACUAUGUCGGUGGCGAGGAGUACAAUUAUCGGCCGCUAGUUGUUGGUGGUAAACCAUUCCGACUUGACGGUCACAAUAGUGGCAUUUAUCGUGGUGACUCUUCGAUUUGUGCCUCGGCACUGCAUGCAGGCAUGAUCAGUGAUGCGAAGGGAGGGUGUGGUAUUCUGCGUCGCCAAGGUGCGCGGGAAAAGUUUGAAUCCGUGGUGCAGAAUGGCAUUGAGAGCAUUGAGUACCUGUCAUACUUCCCGAUGUCAUUCCUUCUGAGCAAAGAGGCGUCCUCGUCGGGAUCUAGCGCCGCGAAACCGGUUGAGUGCUCCGAUAUUCGCUGGCCACUCUUCACCUUCACAGUGUUGACAACAAUUGUCUUCUCCAUGACCGUCACCUCAGCACCGGUCUUCUACAGCGUCAUCUACUUCAUUGUCUGGUUUCAGGUCGCUAUGGCUUCGGACCCCCCAACAUCAGGGUACUAUAACCUCGUCUCUAUCGGCUUGGGCCGCUUCCUUCCAGGCGCUUUUGUCGGUUUCGCCCUCUACUACUUCUGUGUACGACACACUCUUCGAGAUCUCGACGCCCACAUCGACAAGACCAUCCUCUGGCUAGGUGGGUGCUGGGUUGGCGCUCUGAACACUGAUACCUUUGACCGGAUCCCAAUCUCGCGCUUAACGCCACACGAUAUCCAACAACAACCCGGCGCUGUGACAGCACUCAUAAUCAUCGUCGGAUUUCUCGUCAUAGUCUUUUUCCUCCAAGCUCAUGCCUUCCGCCGCGAAGGCCGCCUCCUGUCCAGGCUGGGACUAUAUGGCUUCUUUGUCUUGAUCAUUCUUAUUCUCGUCGCCGUCCCGCAUAUGAAUCUUCGGAUCCACCAUUACAUCCUCGCCCUCUUCUUCCUCCCAGGAACAACGCCGCAAACCCGCCCUAGUCUCCUUUUCCAGGGUAUUCUAAUCGGCUUGUUCAUCAAUGGAAUCGCCCGCUGGGGCUUUGAUUCUAUUCUCCAAACACCUGCUGCCCUCUUAGAUGGCGGUAAACUUGGCACCGUACCCCCGGUAGUCAACGCGACCACCAUGGCGGAUUCGAACAACCUCAUCUUCUCGUUCCCCCACAUUCCGGCUCACGUCGACGGGGUCAGCGUCAUCGUGAAUGAUGUCCAAAGGUUUAAGGAGAUGAAACCGAAGGAUAGCGCUAAAGUACCAGACUUCGCGUGGACGAGGGCUCGACCGAAUUCGGUCGAAUAUUUCCGGUUUGGAUAUGUCCAUAUUAAUGCGCUUGGGGGCGUGUGGUAUGAAGAUUUUUCAGACCCUGCAACUUGGACGCCUGACGGGAACUAUACCCUUCCCGCAAUAGAGACAGAAAUCUAG